CUGUGUUCUUUUUUUCUUUUGGACCCAAAGCAAAAUACAUUAAUUUAAAGCGAAGUCGAAUGCUAAUUUUGGUAGCACAGCAAGCGCUGUGAUUAGAAUCAUAUAAAUAUCCGGCAAAACUUAGCAAGCAGUAUCAUUUCUUCUUUGGAUUCUACAGUUAGCUGAAGAACAAAAAGCAAGCUAGCAAAAUGAAACUGUUGUUGCUCUGUGCCUUCGUCGCCGUCGUUGCCGCGGAUGUUAGCCAUCUGCCAACCAACCAGUACCUGCCACCUGGCCGUGGUGUCGCCUCCGCACCAGUUGCUACAUAUGCCAGCUAUAAUAGCGCUGCUUCGGCUCCAGUUCAAUCCUACUCGGCUCCAGUUCAAUCCUACUCGGCUCCCAGCUACAGCGCUGCUGCUUCGGCUCCCGUCCAGAGCUAUGCUGCUCCCGUUGCAUCGUACUCGGCUCCCAGCUACAGCGCUGCUGCUUCGGCUCCCGUCCAGAGCUAUGCUGCUCCCGUUGCAUCGUACUCGGGCUCUGCUAGCUACAACGCUGAUGCUUCCGCUCCAGUAGAGUCAUACAGCGCAUCCGCCGAAAACUACAACGUUGCCGCUUCUGCACCAGUCCAGAGCUACAGCGCACCAGCCGUUGCCGACAACUACGAGACCUCUGCCUCUGAGCCAGCACCUGCCCACAGCUACUCCUCGGACUCUGGCUACCGUUACAAGACCCACCGUCGCGUUGUCCUCCGUCGCCAUCGUCGUGGUGUGCCUUCCAACGACUAUCUGCCCCCAGUGCAAGGCGCUGCCUCCGUGCCAGUCAGCGACUACCUGCCUCCUGUAGCUUCUGCUUCCGCUCCAGUCCAGUCCUACAGCGCACCAGCUGUGUCUUAUGGUGGUGCCUCCCUUGGUGGUGCCUCUUAUGGUGGUGCCGCUCUUGGCGGUGCCUCUUAUGGCGGUGCCUCUUAUGGUGGUGAUAGCUACGACAGCGCUGCCUCUGAGCCAGUCGCAGCUCACAGCUACUCUUCCAACGAUGGUUACCGUUACAAGACCCAGCGUCGCGUCAUCCGUCGCCGCAGAUACUAAAUGGAAAUCUAUCGAGGCUACCCAGCAAGCAGCGCAAAUGUUAACUCCAACUGAGAAGUUGACUUUAAUGAUUUGUACGGCAAUUGCCAGGGAAUAGAUUUAAUAAAGAUAUACCCUUC